AUGCUCAUCAGUUCUAUGAAUUUAGCUCGUGGAAUGCACCAUACUCGAAAGCAAAUAGCGUUACAUGCUAUCGAUUGGUUGACGUUUGGAUUACAAACGGAUGGGGGAGGUGUGAAGGCAACUACAAGUCCUAGAUUUACUCAGAAAAUUUCUACAACACAGCCAUUUCUACCAGAAGAUUCAACUCCAGAAAGCAUGUUUAUGACGGUAAAAGAUCUUAUUUGGAAUUGUUGUACCGAUAAUAAUCGUAGUAUCCGAAUGGGGACUUUGGGACCAUUAUAUAUCCUGUUUGGACAACUUUCGACAAAUACUAUUAUACGAUUGAUCAAGCUAUCAGUUGAGAUAUUGGAGAAACCAGAAGUCUGUGCUAGUGAAGUAACUGAAGGUGUCAUAGAUAUACUUAAUGUUUUGCUGAGAAGGUUGGUGCCCAGCGAGCAACUAUGUAAUUCAAGGACAUCAUUAUCUGGAAACACACUAAUGUCAAAAACGAAUCUUUCUGCCUAUAAAUUUUCAGAGGAGUACGUUCAGAAUCAGUUGUUUCCAAGACUGAGUACGACGAUUACCAACUUGUUUCAGAGUAAUCACUUCAGUGUACGCAAAGCUGCAGUCAGAGUUUAUCUAACCUGCCUCAGUCGAUGUCCGAAUGAAACAUUUAAAGAAGUUCUUCUUCAAACUGUAAAUGAUUUAUGCAUGAACGCGGAUAAGCAAUCUGAAACCUACCAAGAUAAAUCACCCUCAAAUUUCGAAAGCUGGAAAAGUAACCCAUAUUUCAAUGAAAGUCUCCUAACUCUUUGUCGAUCUUUAAUUAAGAAAGUUGGUGAAACCAAUCUGCCUUCGAAUACUGGGGACUUACAGAACUGUUUAGUUAAUUUUUAUUUGGGUCAUUCAUCUCAAUGUGUCCGCGAUAGUGCAUGCAGUCUGUACCUGACAUUGUUUAUCAGUGCAUCAAAAAAUCCCAAUCGUAUUCGUUACCUAUUGAAUAAAAUAUUGGAGAAGUGGCAAGUUAAGCAAGAUGUGUUAUCACCUCUUUCAAAACUACUAAUUCAAAUAAACGAAACGGAAACUACCACACCGCGUGAAAUGCCUUUGACUGUGAGCUCCAAAUUAAGUUGGACAUGGCGUGAGGGGCGCAUGCGCAUGUACUACUUAGUCGCACGCUCAUUAGUUGGGCUUCAUCUUAAAGCUCUUCACGAAUUAGAUGCUGAUGGUUAUAACCCAAUGAAUUCUGAAGACUUUUGUAUCAGCCCAACCUUUACAGAUGAUUGUCCUCAAAGAACCUUAUAUACAUCAUCAAAUAAUAAUUUACACCAAUUUGGCUUCAGUCCUGUACCAAAAUCAAUUCCUCCCGCUCUUGUUUCAAAUCCAGAUCGUCGAGCUCCAGUUAAUAAGUCAUCAGCAUCGUCACAACCUGUAGAAAGUUCACCAACGCUCUUUCAACAGGGGGCAAAAUUAAGCUCUCCACAAACGUCCAUUUAUUUAACAGUUUUGGAAAAUAUCCGAAUGCUCGACAACGAAAGAAAUGAUAAACAGACGGAUAGCAAAACUCAGUCGUGGAUUAAACGUCUAAGUAUAGUGUCAGGAUUAACUUCAACGAGUAAAACAAAUGUCGGUCAUUCAGAGUUAAAUUCUAUCAGCAUGAAAUCUAUGUCAUUCAAUAUAUUACGAUUAGCUGUAGAGUGUACAUUAGAUGAGAACAAUGGUCUACGUCAUUCAGCCCAAAAAGCCAUUAAUGAUGUCGGAAGGCUAAUACGAUGGUAUGAUGCUGAUCUUUUGUUGGAAAUGAUUUCGUUGCAUAUGGUAGGUCCGCCAACUAUGAUGUCGUAUGCAACUUUAAAGAUUUUACGUGAUGGUCUAUCUGAAUUAUGCAUGUAUGAUGAAAUUUUACAAAAAGAAGAGGAAGAACCUGGUUUCACUGAGAAAUAUGCGAUUUCUGGAACUGUUCCGAUUUUAAAUGUAGCAUUGCUUUAUGGUUUGUUUUCGCCGGAUAGAUCAAGACUGUGGCUUCAAUGUUGCCAGCAAUAUAUUCUGGAUAGCACAAUGGCUCUUUUUAUCAGUACUUUAUCAAUAGAAUGUGCUUUGAGAACCCUUUGUCUUGUACACAGAUUGUCUAAUCUAUCACUCGUAGCAUGCACCUGGGAAAAUAUGAGGCCUAAUCCUUUUUCAAAUCUGCCAUACGCACAACGUAAACUAGAUCUAGAUGCGAAAGAUGUAGUAGAAUGUAUUAAAGGCGUUGUCGAAUUCGCUCAACGCAUAGACGUGAAACUUGGACCUACAAAUGAACCAAUACUGAAUGUUGUCAAUUUCCACAAAAUGAUGAUAACGCAGAAGCCAUAUUUAUCAUGUUUACAGCUCCCUCAAUCAACUACAAAGUGUUCACUUACAUAUUUCGUCCUCAAGCUGGUUACUAAACUGGAGUCUGUUAUAUAUUCUUAUAUACCACCAUCCGUAAAUUCGAGUCGGCCUAAUCCAGACGUUCGUAUGACUGGUGGUCUUCUUUUAUCCCCAAUAUUGCCAUACCUUAUCACGUGGCCAUUAGCUCUUCUUCCUCCUAGCUUGGAUAAAACUUUAGGGAAUCCAUCAAAGGAGGCGAGGAUACUUGCUCUUCGUAAACUACUUCGCCUAAUUGCAGCUAUAAUACUUGCAUUGCCGAUCACAAAUAAGCCUGAAUUUUCAAAAAGUGAAUCAAGUGCAAUAAAAGGUAAUGCACUGCUAAAAGAGCUUGCAUCAAUUGCUGAACAUUCUGUUGAAUUAGAAACUGUUGUCAGUGCUUGUUUUACUCAGUUGGAAAAUCUUGUUUCUCAAUUAAAUCAAUAUUACGAACCUACCCGAAUAUGUACUACUACCUCAUGGUGGUGGAUCCGUGCACUAUGUGAACAUCUACCUCGACUUAUGCAAGUCGCUCCAUUUUCCAAUCCUGUAAACAUAUUACGUCUUCUAAUCGAAGAUGUUAAAAGGAAAUCUAUAUUAUCAACAAAUACCAAACAAAAUACUGGUCACCAGACGGCGGAACCAACAAAAUGGUCGAGAGCACUUGAAUACGGUCUUCAGGAAGCCAAAUCUAAAAUAAGAGUAAAAGAAGGCAGUGGAGCGUUAAAGUACCAAUGGCCUAAGGUUGGUGAGAUUUUACAAGCUAAAGAAACUAUAGAAAAACAGUAUAUACUGGAAAGCAAAAGUGGAAAAAAAUCACCGACAAGAUCACUCUCAUCUCAUAUCAUAGAUACUGCUCCUUCCCCAAUAGAUGAAGAACAACAUCGUUUCUUUGUAACGAGCGAUAACGAAGAAGAAGACGUUUGCAUUCUACAUGAACAAGUAGAUACUUCCUCUCUUUCUGAUAAUGAUGAUGAUGAAGAAGAGCAAGAACAAGAAAUUGAAGAUAAUUUAUUACAUAAACAAGAGAAGGUCCGCAGCCUAUUUUAUAUUCCUAUAAAAGCUGAACCGAUAGAAACACCACCAGCUAUAGAAGAUGUACAUGAGUUGAUUGAACGUGUACUCCAGUACUGUCGAUCAGAUAUUGUAACAACUGUACGUCAGAUCUUGUCAGGUUUUGAUUCACCAAACACUUCAUCACUAGAAAAGUCAAUACGGAUUCAAGAAAGUGUUUUAGGACAUACUAAAGCUCCUGUUAUACAAUGA